AUGUCUGACUUGCACGAACUUUGCUAUUUUAAAAGCAGGCCGAUCACGAGAGAUGUGUAUCUUACACCUUUGAAAGAAUACCUCAAGGCAGGUAUUCCUGCAACUUACACUACUGAAGAAGCUUACAACUACGAAAAUGAUAUUGAAGAAGAGCCAUCUAGUACAACUACUCCGAUGCAUUUGAUUUGCGAGUAUGUUCCUAAAGACUUGACUGAAGAAGAAGAGGACGUUGUUUUGUUGAUGAUGGAAACGUUAUGGUUGAAUGGUGCCGGGUGGUGUUUAACAAACGACAAGAACGAAACGCCAGGAUGUGUUUUGUUGAGAAGGGGGUUGCAUGGAUCCAAGUUCUGGGAGAGCUGUGUUGAUUCUGGUGUACGUGCUGAAGUUCUAUUAAGAAAAUUGAACGAUCCUAAUGUUGAGUUUCUAGAGGAAGAGGAAGUAGGCUAUAACGAGGUUGAGUCUGAAGAAAUUCCUGAACUUGUUGAAGAAAGAAGUGAGCGCCGGAGUGGUGCAUGGGAGAGGGGACAGUCACAGCAGUUUUCUGAAGAGACAGAAGAGCCUAUUGAGAAAAAACAGAAGGUGAAUAUUAAUGAAGUUGAAGAGAUGUAUAACGGGCCUGCAGGUGCCACGGAUACUUACCUUAAAACCAAGCUAGAAUAUAAGGAUGGGGCGUUGGUCACCAAGGAUGGAUCUGAUGGUGUUAUGAUGCAAUGGGAAGAAGAAUUGAUGAAGGCUGGCUGUGAGUCCCUAUUCAAGUCCAUUGAAGAUCCACAAGAGGUAAACGUUUUGAAUAUUGGUUUUGGAAUGGGUAUAAUCGAUACCAUGAUCCAGGCGAGGAACCCAACUAAGCAUUACAUUUCAGAGGCACACCCCGACGUAUUGAAAAAGCUGAGACAGGACGGGUGGUACGAGAAGGAGAAUGUUAUUAUUUUAGAAGGUAAAUGGCAGGAGACUCUACCUAAAUUACUAACUGAAGGUGUUUUCUUCGAUGGAAUUUACUAUGAUACUUUCAGUGAGCACUAUGAAGAUAUGGUUGAAGAUCUGUUUGAUGUGGUAGUUGGAUUGUUGAAACCGACUGGUACGUUUUCUUUCUUCAACGGUUUGGGUGCAGAUAGACUAGUUUGUUACGAAGUUUACAAAAAAGUUGUAGAUUUGGAUUUAUCCAAUUACGGAUUGUCUGUCACAUUCAAAGAAAUGGACGCACCAGUGACAACGUUGGAACAAAGUGAUGAUAGUGAAGACUCUGUUUGGAAGGAUAUCAAGCGUGCCUACUGGCGCUGUCCCGUGUAUUACCACCCGGAAGUUACCUUCAUGUAA